GCAGGAAGUGGUAGAGGUAAUACAAUCAAACCUGCGGACGCACUGGUUACGCAAAUAUGUAAAAUAUUAUUCGCGUACACAUUUAAACUUGACAAAAUGUUUGACGCUGUUCGUUACGAAAAGCUACCAAGUGAUAUUACAGAAGAAACGGAAUGGGCCAAACAAGAAAGUGACGGAGAGGAGGAAGGGGGCGAGGCUGUAGUCUACCUGCGUCCAGCGGCUGCCCGUCAGAGGGGAAGCUGUCGGGGAAAGCGAGAGACGUGUCUGCGCAUAACAGCCACGCUCGUCCUCCUGGCCGUUGUGUUGGGCUUUGUCCUCUGCGAGUGGACCGGCUGCGGGGCGGAGAAGCAGGGGAGCGGGGAGACCCAGACGACACACGCUGACAAGGGCAGCGAAGGACACAGGCACCAUCACCAUCACCACGACGGAGAUGAUGAUGAUGAAGAUGAUGAUGAUGAUGAUGAUGAUUAUGAUGAUGACCAUGACCAUGAAGAACACAGUGACCACCACAGUCACACUCACUCCGGCUCUCUUUUCCACCACGCUGCCAUCAUCACCAGCUCUGCUACUUGUUCUAGGGCGGGGAGGAAAGUUCUCCAAGAUGGAGGGAACGUAGUUGAUGCAGGCAUUGCCUCUCUUCUUUGUCUGGGAGUAGUCCACCCCCACACUGCCGGCAUAGGUGGCACCUUUUCAGCUAUUUUUUACAACCAUACGACCAAAUCUAUGAAGGCAAUUCAACCCUCAUCCCCAAAGAACAAUUCAACCUCAUAUGGCAUUCCUGCCAUCUUGCCAGGAAUCAAACAUUUCCAUGGCCAGUAUGGGAAUGUGCAGUGGGCCAGGCUAUUUGAGGAUGCCAUAAGACUAGGCAGGGAUGGAUUCCAAAUAGACCAUAUUCUUGCCUCGGCCCUGUUGACUAACGAGAGCCGGAUUGUCCAAUCAAAGCUGUGCAUUCUGUUCUGCGAUGAGAGUGGCCGUGUGAAAUCUGCGGGCUCGAAUGUCACCAACCGGAAUCUAUCAGAGCUCCUGCGCACUGUCAGCCUGAAUGACUCUCAUUUACCGGAAAUGCUGGCCGUGAAAUUGGCCAGGGACCUCUCCGCGGCGGAAAGGCCAGAUUUUGUCCGUGACGUCGGGCGCGUCACAGGAGAAAUCAAUGACCCCCUUAUCGCUAAGGAAGAAAAAUACAGCCUCCACGCCAGCUCUCCUCCUUUCUCGGGGUCCGUCCUAUCAGAUGCAUUAGAGCGAGCCUCCGAGCUGAUCCACUCUCUGUACAAUCGCACAGAUCUUAACAGCUCUGCUCCCUCCCUGAUCAGUCUGCUAAAGUUGGCUAAGGAGAUAUAUAGCACUAGUCAGGCAGAGGAGAGUGGGAGUCCGUUCUCGGAGAGGCUCGCUUUGAGCGUCGCCAGCUCUCAGAUUGGGGUGCUGCACAGCCAAGGUCAUUUCGUGGUUAUUUCGGCAUCCCUCAACAGCCUCUGGGGGUCUGGGCGUUACUUGCCGUCUGGCGGCUUUGUUCUGAGUGAUUUUGUGUCCCCAAUGGGCGCUAGUGUCCCACUGUUGAACUUUCCUUUGAUCAUAAAGAUUAAAAACAUAGGGGAUGAGGAUGAUGAUGAUGAUGAUGAUGAUGUGCAGAUCAUUGCUGUGACCGGGGGACUCUCGGCUCUGCUGAACGCUGGUCAGAUCUUAACAAACAGGCUGGACCGUGGCAUGUCUGCCCAAGACGCAGUGCAGGGUCCACUCUUGCAUGUUGUCCAGGGAAGAGAUGAGGGGGCUAUGACCGUGUGUGUGUCCUCCACGUCCAACAGCACAGACACAGUCUCCGUCCUGUCGCAGGAGGAAGGUGGCGGAGGGCUGGACAGGUCGACGGACAGGUGCGCCGAGGACGACUCGGCCGCCAUGCUGCUGCAGCUGCACGCAGAGCAUGUGGGAGCGUACGGAGUCCCCGCAACCAAAACACACACCGACGGGUUCUGAAGGCGAAUAUACAUUAUCAAUGCAAAUAAUCAGACUCACGUGCACACACGCACAACAAAUACACACAAACACACAAUCUCUCUCUCUCCCUCUCUCUCUCUAUCUCUCAGACUCUCUAACACACACACACACACACACGCACACACACAUAACCUCAUGUCGAUAAUAAUCACAGCUUUCUACAUCUCAGCCUUUACUCAAACUGAUUGUUAACCUGUGUACUUUUAUAGGCACAAAGCUCCGAUCACAUAAUAAUGCACUGAACAAAAUGAAAUGCACUAUGAUUUUCCGUAGAUACUGUGAGUGGACUUUGCAUUUGUUGUGCGUAAUAACAUGCUUUGAAAUUCGAGGGUGUGAAAGCUGUUACCAUUUCUGUUUUGUAUGGAUGUGUGGCUAGCAUUGUGUUCCCAUCCUCAUCAUAUUGGAUAUUUUGUGGUUGAAUGUUACUGAGAUGUUUGCAGUUAUUCUUCUGACAAACUCUGUUGCUGAAUCAUCAUGUUUGCUGCCUACAGUUUAUGUUUUCUUUCUUUCGGACCAUAUUUUUCUCUUUUUGAUUUACCUUGAUCUUUAGCCUUGUGUGAGAAUAUCUCUUUGCCUCUCUCUCUUUCUCUCACAGAGAGAGAGAGAGAGAAAGAGAGAGAGAGAGCGAGAGAGAGUGCUUCUUGGCCUUCGCCUCCCCAUUGAUUUUUAUUGUCCGUUUUGAUAUUCUGCGUCAUCUGUGCUUUUCACACUCAAGCACACUUGCACUCAUUUCUCAGUUUCAGAUGUUAUAUGCCAUUACCUCUUCACUGCAUUAAGGACAGUGUAUCCUUCUGUUGUACAGCACAGGUGGAAAGAAGUCAUUUUGAGGCAUUACUGUACCAUUGGAUGCAGUCAAAUCAUGAUUUUUUUGUUUGUUGAAAGGGUUAAAAAGCAUUCGCUAGUAAAUGCAAGGCAUGAGUGCCAAAGAAGCAGGUCUUCACUUAAAAUGUUCGCAGAAAUAAUGUGUUUUGUGAUUUGUGAUUUGUGACAUUCAGUUUUCAGGUUGUUUUUGAAUCUAGAUCCUGGUAGUAAAACGAAUGUUCUGUUCUUCUCUCUGAUAUCUUAGACUCCAUACAUGGUUGCACAGAGUGUGUUGUAGAGGAGCGCCUUUUUAUUGUUGGGGGGAAAAAUGUUAAAUGUCCGUAGCAACUGAGCAUUUCUUCUGAAGCGAAACACUAUCAAAGGAGCUUUGUACUGGUCUGUUGUCAUGCAUGUUCCCCUAGAAGCGCAUCCCGGAGCUCGUGGUCAGGAUGUAAGCCAUCCGAGACACCGCCGUGUUAUCCUCCCGCUGCUGCGUACCCGCCACGCCAGUACCCACGAUCCCCUGCUGCUCCCAUCAGCCCCACAGCGGCAGCUCCCUGCACAGACGGGCGCCUGAUGCAUAUUCAAACCUGUCUUUCAAUUAGAGACAUUUUGCGCCCGUCCUCCUCCUUUGAGGCGCCGGCCGAGCCCAUGCCAGCGCGGCCGCCCGCUGGGACGCCUGGUCUGGACGGCUGCCACCGCCAGGAGAAACAGGGCACGCGCCAGGAGAGCCGUGGGCGGCUCCAGGAAGCACAGGAGGGCACCGAUACAAACCGAACGCCAGCGCCAAAAAGCAACACGUAUACUAGCAGCUAAUAAUAACAACACGCUCUGCUAAUUACCUCGGUGGAAAUGAGGAAGUUAAUGCUGCUGUGGUGGUUAAGAGGUCUAGAUGAGGAUUGUUUUUUGUCCUCCUUGUGCCAUGUAAACAUCUGAAUUUGUUGUAUACAGACCCUGACCCUGGGUCCUAAUUUAAAUGCUGAAAAGGGCAAAGUAUAAAGUCUAACUAAAGCUUGCUGAACAACUAUGCAAUAUCUAUUUUGCAAAAUAAUAACAUGAGAAAAAUCCAAAGCAUGAACAUCAUCAAAUAAAAGCUGUCUUACGCCACAUAAUGUUAUUUCAUGUUAGUUCACGCAUAAGAACUUUGCUCACAGACUGACUGCACUUUGUCCAGCAUUUGAAUUAGGGCCCCCUGAGUACCCUUUCUUUUUUGUUAAACCAUUGAUGUAUGUAUGAUUUAUCAUUUGAACAAUGAUUAGUCCCUGAUUGUCCAUUCACAAUGAAGUCAUGGCCUAUACUUGACAAGCAUGGCUCACUAACUUAGUAGAGAUGUAUGUACUAAUUUAUGUUCAUAGUAGCCUAAUCAAUAUGCACUGAAUGGAAUCAUAUGAAGUAAUAGUGUUUGAAAUGAAGUUGAAUAUUGAGAUUGACAUUUGUGUUAAAAUAAUCUUGUACAGUAUCUUGGUCAUAAAACGUUCUUCACCUUCUGGUAAAUGGAGAUAUUCCUGUGCAUACAGUGCAUUUAUCUAAUGCACAACUGAAGACAAUCUUGCUUUAUUUCUCCAACGAUAAAUAUGGCAAAUGUGUCCUGAUGGUUUCCUGAUUUAGCCACAUUUGUUUGUG